AUGGACCACUCUGACAAUGCAAAAACAAUAAUCAGCAAGCAUGUCCACAGUGCAAUACGACAACAUCAUCAACAAGCAAAUUCCAACUACAAUGCAGAUAUACACAGCCCCAUGAAAGAAAAAUCAAUUGGAUACACAGAUCACAUGGGGUUUUCAACAACAGAGGAACUCCAGAAAGAGAAAAAGCGAAGCACUCACAUGUUAGGGGAAGCGGAGACGAAGAAGGGGGUGAUGGGUGUGGUGGCAUUGGAAGAGAGACGCCAUUGGAGAGAAAAGGUUGCGUAG